AAACGAGUCUAUCGUGGAAGUAGUCGGCCCCUCGAUCACGCCUCCAACUCAUCGAGGUGCAGAGAAGGAACCACUGCAAGUUGUUGCUCAUCGUUGUGGCCGCCGUUCCAGCCUUGCCGCUCUGAAGUUGUUUGCUUUUGGGGUUUCGAGUUUCCAAGGAGGGAGGCAUCCUUUUUGGUUCUUGAUUGGGGAGUCGGAGCGGAUGUCGCAGAAGCUGCCGGAAGGAAUUUUCCGGGCCAGUUGAAAUCUUUCUUGUCCUUUUUUCUACCGUUCACCGUUCGCUAAAACUGGAAAGAUAUCCUGAAGUUAUUAGAAUGGACUGGUUCUUUAUCCAAGAGAAUGAUGAUGAGGCUGUUCCAGGGACUAGAGGAGCCCAGAAUGAAGCAAAUGGAAAUUAUAACUCAUCACCAGAAUGUUGGUCUCAAUGGAUUUCUGAUGAAGGUUCACCAAACAGGGUUAGUUUUGCACCCACAGAAAAGCUAACUGAAGAAUUGGUUGGUGGGCAAUGUGAAGGGUCGUUAUCUUCUGUAUACACAUGCAAUGGCAGGAAACAGUUUAGUGAUGAGGUAUUGCAGACAUCAUAUGCAAAUAAUGAAGAUUUAACUGCUGGUGCCCAUUUUGAACAGCAAGCAUCCGAAAUGGUUUCUUAUCACCAAAUGAUUAAUCUGGAUCUUCUGAGUCCCUCAUCAUCAGAGCUCUUAGUCAUGAACUGUGAUGAGAAAAAGUCAAGUGCUUUACAUGAGCAUGGACUUUUGGGUGAUAAGAAAGAUUACCAAUUUCAGUACCUGUAUCAGACUGAUGACAUCUUCCAGCAUCUGGUGUCUGGAGGAGAUAUCCACGAGGAUAAGAAUCAUGUGUCGUUUCCAAACAUGUCUCCAAUUGUGGAGUCUAGCUCAACGCAGUCUGAAAAUUUUCUCAGUGACAUGCUUGUUGAUUCUUUAAGCCUCAUGAAUGACUCGUCCAAUAUUACAGAUGUUUUAAACUAUUGGAAGUCAAGCACCACCUCUUUAGAAACAGCAAAUUCACCAGACAUUUGGGAAGAAUUCAACAUGGAGUUUAGCGACCAUCCAUCCUGUUCAACACUGGAUCUCUCAGACAGUACAGAAAAUGCCCCCACCAAAACGACUUUUAUGAGAAACAGUCAUGGUAAUGCAAGUUCCUUUCAGAGGUGCAUAACUAGGGCAUCAAUGCCCACCGAUCUGCAGCGAUUUGGUGAUAAUGAAGACACAAAGGCAGACGACGAAGGAUCGCUGGAAGCAACUGUGUUGUAUGAACUUGAGACCUCGAUGGCUCAGCUGAAUGCCAAGACCAGAAUCUGCUUUAGAGAUGCCCUGUACCGCCUGGCUAGAAAUUCAUGGCCACAAACUGCAGCCAAAGUUGCUGUCGACGAUAUAUGUAUCAACAGUAAUGGAGAAAGAGAAUUGGAGACGAAUGUCAUAGACAGAGCCAUUGCAAAGCUGUUGUUCAACAAUGUGGGUCAUGAUACUGCUCAGUUUUCAUUUCCAUCAAGUCAUGGCAAGAAAAGUGUCCCCAAAACUGCGAGGUUCCAUCAGAAGAGGAGACUUGCUACCCAUCCAUCAGUGGCAGAGCAUGAAGAUUCACAGGAGGAAUUGUCCGUGACCACUAUCAAUAGUUUUUGAAGUUAACAUCCACAGGUUUGAGGAAAAAUAAAAGCAGUGACCAGGUUUUGUAGUAAUCAGGUUUUACAGCCAGGGUGAAGAAGAUAGGUUCCAGAUUCUUGAAGCUGGUCUUAGUCAUGCUUCAUGAUCUGUCUUGUACUGUAUAAUGUAGGUCAAAUAAUGCUAAAUGACCAGGUGUUGAUUCAAGGGUUGACACAUUAGUCUAGAUCUUUAUGCAUAUGUAUUUUGUCAUUAAACCACAGUUUUGCUCAUUUUGUUCACAGGACAUAAAAUAAGUACCAUGUAAAUACGAACCCCUCUUAAGAAUUCUUGCAGUGGGUAUGAUAAUAUAGUGUUGAGAUUUUGACUUUCCUUU